GUCAAAAAUAUGAAGAAGGAAGUAGGUGUUGCAAUACAGUGUGCACGUUUACUAUUGAACCACUUGCAGAAAAUUUGUGGUCAGUCAGACGGCUCAGCUUCAGAUUAUCGGAUGUGGACGAGGAAUCAGGUCUAAUCUCUACCAUCUCAAGAUUCUUCUUUUGUGGGAAAAGGUACCUGAAGCUUUUCCAGUUGUCCCAAUCCAGAAGAAACCACUGAAUCUAUCUCACUAUCAUGGGAAAACUGCCAAACAGCACCAUAGAGAUGCUUAAGAACCAAAUGCUGCAGACCACUUUGCCUGCCCUCUACUUGUUCAUCUUCACCAUCAGCAUUCCCCUCAACUCUAUCUCUUUGUGGUUCCUUUGCCGCCACUCAAGGCCUUGGACACCCACCAUCGUGUUUUCCAUUAACCUGACAAUCACGGACUUGCUGUACAGCAUGCUCCUCCCUUUUCAGGUUGUCUACCACUUACGGGGAAAUGACUGGCCCUUUGGACAGAUUCUGUGCCGCAUUGUAUCUGUGCUAUUCUAUGCAAACAUGCACUGUUCCAUAUUAACCAUGAUGAGCAUCAGCAUAGAGCGCUACCUGGGAAUUGUUCACCCGCUGAAGCACAGGGCCAUGAGACCCAUCAGAACAGCUCUCCUGACAUGCAUCAUCAUUUGGAUAUUUAUUUUACUGCUGCACUUUCCACUCAUGAAGACAGAGCUAACCUUCUGGGUAGAGGAGCUGCAGAUAACCACUUGUUUUGAUAUACUGCCCAAAGCUAUGUUUCCUUCAAGAAAUCAUUUCAUUGCUUAUUUUGGCUCUCAAGUUCUUCUGUGCUUUCUCCUACCUUUGCUAAUAAUGGCAUUCUGCUACACCUUAGUCAUUCGAACUCUUCUUAAUUCCCCUCCCACACAACUAAGGGAAAUUAAGAAGCAGACAAUUUACUUGAUAAUAGUGUUGCUUACAGUCUUUGUAGUGUGUUACGUGCCCAAUAUUGUGAUAUCAAUCAUCCAUUUCAUCUAUAGUACCCAAAAUAAGACUGCUUAUGUGGAAUAUAAGCUGUCUCUGGCUUUGAAUAGCCUUAAUUGUUGCUUGGAUCCACUUGUUUAUUUUUUUGGUUCCAAAGAGUUUCGACGAAAGAUACAGAAGAAGCUCUGCAAAUGCAUACCUGAUAUAUUCAAUGAACCUCCCACCAUGCUUUCAGAGCAAGAUGUGCCAAUAACAUCCAGAGAACAUGCACAAAAUAAUUAAAAACUGGAUUUGAUCUGGAACAGAUUAUAUUAGUCAUUGCACCAAAUCAUCAUCCAGAGAGUUUAGAGGUUGUUCUAUUUUAGAACACAGAACAUCAAGAGAUGCAGAAAAGCACACCAGGCAAUAUAUUACCACAACUUAUUCUGGAAACAAACCAGGCAUUCAGGAAGGCUCAACGUGCAUGGAAAAAGGCAUAUCUCAUAGCUUGCUAAGGACAAUGGAUUAUGGGACGUAAAUUACUAUAAAUUAGGAACUCAAGAAAUGUGUCAGUGCCAGGUACCUGCACUCCCUUGGAAUGCGUUUCUGGAACAUUUUCUAAAACCUGUUUUGCAGUUCAGCAUUUCUAAAAUAAAUAAUUGACAGCAAUAAAAUAAACUCCACGUUUGUGAGGGGCAGAGGAAUAGCUGAGCCUAAAAUGAUUCACAUCCCUUGAUUUAGGAGUAAGCAAAGACUGGUGAUUAGCAUCUGUAAUAGAGGAAAAGCCAAAAGACAUGCAGACGAGGUUUAAUCUGGUCAUGCAAAUUUUAUUUCCUCUUUAUCAGUAUUUACUUGACUGGCAUAUUCAGUCUUAAAGCAUAAAACUUAUGCUCCUUUUUCACUGACACUGCUUUGACAGGCUGUUUAUAGACAAGGCCCAUUUUACUAUGCAAUGCAUUAUACCUCAUUUAUAUGGCAAGACCCAGCAAAGAAGAGAACCCACCACCAGCAGCCUACUGCACCAAACCUUUCUAGUUUCACAGACUGGUCUAGUAUAGCCUAACCCAAACCCAAACCCAAACCCAAACCCAUGCUGCUGUCAUGCAUUGGCUCUAAGGGUAUGGCUACACUGCAGUUAGACCCCUCUGACUGGCCUCCGCUAGCUCAUUCAGGUGCACUGGGCUCAGGCUAAGGGCUAUUUAAUUGUCAUCAGGGCCGGCUCCAGCAUUUUUGCCGCCCAAGUGGCGAAAAAAGAAAAAAAAAGCCGCGAUGGGCUCUAUCGCUACUGCUUCCUUCUUCUGCGGCAGGUCUUUCCCCCCGGAGAGGGACUGAGGGACCUGCCACCGAAUUGCUGCCGAAGAGCUGGACGUGCCACCCCUUUCUAUUGGCUGCCCCAAGCAGCUGCUUGCUGCUCUGGUGCUUGGAGCUGGCCCUGAUUGUGGUGUAGACAUUCCUGCUCAGGUUGCUGCCCAGACUCCAGGACCCUGUGAGAUUGGAUGGUCCCAGAGCAUGGGCUGCAGCCUGAGCCUGAACAUCACCACCACAUUUAAACUGCCUCUUAGCCUGAGCCCCGUAGCCUGAGUAACAGGCCAGCUGUGGAUUUUUAAUUGCAGUGGAGUCAUAUCCUAGGUUCCCCCCGCCAACCCCUUCGUGUUAUGCUGCAGAAACAACAGCAGCUCAGGGUCGGUGUGGGGAAGAUCUCUUGUCAGGCAGAGCUUGGUCUCAGGGGAGUUCUGAGCACUGGUCUGCAGCUGAAGUGCUGUUAAAAUUGAAAGGAAGCAGAUUUGCAAGUGAGACUUUUCUCCUUAGAAGCUCUGCAGCUGAGGAAUGCACCUGAACUCUUCCUAUGCAGCAUCUCUGCCCUGCCUCCUGCUCCUACCACUUCUCCAUAUAUUUUAUUUUAUCUCCUCAGCUAUUUUCUGCUCCCUCCCCCCCCCACAUUAUUCCAUCAGGCUCACUGGCUGUCCAUAUAAAUAGUACAAAAAGGAAAUUAUGCAGCAGUGUAGCCCUGUAGGCUAAUGCGCUGUCCCACGCACCAAAGAAUACUUUCCAUUCACAGGAUUUUGGUCCUUUUUCUCCUGGGCUUUGGUUUUAUUUCUUCAAAAAUAAAGCUGUUUUAACAUACGUUCAGCAUAUCAGUUGUGCCUUUUCCCUGAUCCAGUGUCCUCUGCAGAAACCUAUCUGUUCCCCUCAGCUCUGAUGCUCAUUCCUAGCCUGAUUCCUGCAGAAUUACACUCCACGGGUCAUUGACUUGGAAGCUGCAUAUGAACUAGGUUCUCACUGAUUAGACAUCUGAUUGGUAAGUGCAAAUUUAGAAUUUUGCAUGUACGCUUGCGCACACAAACUUAUGGAUCCAUAAACAUUUGGAGACCAAAAGCCAAGUGUUGCUCUCAUUUACAUGGAAUAAUUCCACAAACUUCAAUAGUAUUAUUCUAGUUUUACACCAGCAUAACCAAGAGCAGAAUUCAGCCACAGGUUGAGACCCCUUUGACAUCAAAUCCAGUUGUUACUUUAUGAUCUCAGGGAAUAGUUAUAAGAAAAGGAACUGUAGCCUAGCGUUUAGAGUAUGGAACUGGGAACAUGGGUUCUAAUCCAAAAGCACUGAUAUUAUCAGGCAAAUCACCUAACCCCUCUGUCUCAAUUUCUCAAUCAGUAAAAUGAGGAUAAUAAAUUUUCGGUACCUAUGAAGGGUGUUGAGCAGGUUAAUCAGUAAAUGUGUUUUACAGUACUUUGAAAAAAAUCAAAAGCUUUAUU